UAAUGUUGUCUGUUUGUAUGUAACAUUACAGGUACCGUACUUCUUCUGUCAGUUAUCAUAGUGUUUCAAAUAUCUGAAUAAGGGUAUAGAUAUAGACAGACAAUGUGCCACUGCUGCCAGGCUACAUUUUAACCAAAUCAUAUUUUUUUAGCCAAGCCAAAAACUACAAAAAAUAUUCAUUUUUUAGCUGCCAAUGAGCAUAAGCUAAUUUCGUUUAAACUAUCAUUUCACUUGGUGAUUGUAUUUGGAUAUAUUCAACAAUACCAUUUUCUGAUUUUUGACACUUGUGAUAACACCAAUCUUAUGUUCUCUUGAUUAGACUUUUCUUGAUGUCUUAAUAGUAUGGAACAACAACAUAACCAUCCAGAUGAUCGACCAUCGCCCCCUCGUAAUAAUGAAAUAGAAGGUGGUAGUAGUAAUGCUGCAGAACCACAUAUUUCAGGAAUUAUGCGAAGGUGCGCGUUCGACGAAAUCCCACCACAACGAAGGCUUACUAGGGAAGCUAUGAGGAAAUAUUUGAGUGAUAGAACUGACCAAACAUUGGUUAUUCUUCAUGCAAAAGUUGCUCAGAAAUCUUAUGGAAAUGAAAAACGGUUCUUUUGUCCUCCACCUUGCAUAUAUCUGUUUGGAGGGUGGAAACACAAUUUAGUUCAAUAUGAAAAAAAUGAGCAGCAACCCCCAGAUGACAAUAGUCAAGUUCAUGCAUUUAUUGGUAUUGGGAGUAGUGAACAAGAGAUGCAACAACUCAAUUUGGAAGGAAAGAACUUUUGCACUGCAAAGACAUUAUAUAUUUCCGAUACAGACAAAAGAAAACAUUUUAUGUUAUCUGUCAAAAUGUUUUUUGCCAGUGGAGUUGAAGUUGGUGCAUUCAACAGUAGACGUAUUAAAGUCAUCAGCAAACCAUCAAAAAAGAAGCAGUCAUUGAAAAAUGCGGAUUUGUGUAUUGCAUCUGGAACAAAAGUUGCCCUCUUCAAUAGAUUGAGAUCUCAAACAGUCAGUACAAGAUAUUUACAUGUAGAAAAUGGAAAUUUUCAUGCUAGCUCAAUACAAUGGGGUUCUUUCGCUAUUCAUUUGUUGGAUGACAACGAAUCAGAGUCAGAAGAAUUUACAGUACAUGAUGGUUAUAUUCAUUAUGGUCAAACUGUGAAGUUGGUUUGUUCAUCAACAGGGAUGGCAUUACCCAGGCUUGUCAUUCGAAAAGUUGACAAACAGACUGCUAUUUUAAAUGCAAGUGAUCCAGUGUCACAACUUCACAAAUGCGCUUUUUACCUCAAGGAUUCUGAACGAAUGUAUCUUUGUUUAUCUCAAGAGAGAAUAAUUCAGUUUCAAGCGACACCCUGCCCAAAGGAACCAAAUAAGGAAAUGAUAAACGAUGGUGCAUCAUGGACAAUAAUAAGUACUGAUAAAGCGGAAUAUACAUUUUAUGACGGGAUGGGUCCAACAGCCAAUCCUGUCACCCCAGUGCCGAUUGUUCACAGUUUACAGCUGAAUGGCGGAGGCGAUGUUGCCAUGCUGGAAGUUAAUGGGGAAAAUUUUACACCCUCUUUGCAAGUAUGGUUUGGAGAUAUUGAAGCUGAAACAAUGUAUAGAUGCGCUGAAGGAUUAUUGUGCGUUGUUCCUGAUAUUUCAUGUUUUCGAGAAGAUUGGAAUUAUGUUAAACAGCCUGUAAAGGUACCAAUUAAUCUGGUACGACAAGAUGGUAUUAUAUAUCCGACCAAUUUGACUUUCACAUUCACGCCUGAACCGGGUCCAAGGCAGCAUCACGUCGGAGUCCGAACAAUAUUGAAUCAUAAAAAUAAUAAUUCCAUUACAAGGCCUCCCGCAGCGUCUUGUGAAAAACGAACUACUGCCGAAAGCGCAGACUCUGAAGAACUGAGCGAUAAUAUUGAACCUGGUGCUUAUAUACCCAUGACUAAAAGACAAGCUUUGGAUGUGAAUGGACAAUUAAGUUCACACCAGUCAGUUAGCUCUAUUGAUUCUUCUAAUUCAAGUAUGUUAAGAACAGUAACAUGAUAGACGGCAGCUUAACUUUGCUACACCUAAAAAUAUGAGUGUGAUGUGGCCAGAAAGGUGCACCUAGGAAUGCUUAAUCCUUUUUCUUUUUUUAUCACGGAGGCAAAUUGGGCAGGUGAGAUAGAUAUAAUAAUGUCAAACUUCAAAGCAAUGGUUACUUUUUGAAAUGAUAAUUUUAUUCAUGUUAAGUUUUUGAAAUCAAAAUAUGGCAUAUGAAAUAUCAAUGAACUUUGAAAAGAAAUUUUAAGUUUCAUUGAACUAUUAAGAAAUAUCAUCGUGAAUUAUGAAAUGCUUCACAUUGUUAUAUCUACUGCUAAAUCAAUUACUGUUCUGAGCCAACUGAAUUUUUCAAUAUUGCAAGUUUGUGUUGUACCAAUAUUCUUCCACUGCAUAUACAUCUGUAUGAUUUUUUUUCUUCCCUCUUAUUGCUCCAAGAGCAGCAACUUUCAACCAAACAUUUUUGUUCUGAAAGCUUAUACCAUCAUUCACAGUUAGAAAUUAAAUGUGAAACUUUUUUGUUUUAUCCUAAUCAAGAUUUAUAUUUGAGUUUAUGUCAAUGUAUUUAUGAUGAAUUUUCUGGAAUACAAGUCAGUUCAAAACAUUGUUCUCCAAAAGGUCACUUCUGCAGAUAGCAAAAGUUGCUAAGAUUUGUUUCAAGAGCCAGUUAUCAUAAAGUUUUCAAAUGCAUAGGGCAUUCCCAAAAUGUACUUUGAUUCUCCCUUGGUCUUAUAGUAAUUAUUCGAUUCCUUCAUGGUUGUGAAUGAGAAAAUAGCUUUCUCGAACAAUAUUCAUUACAGAAAUUCAGUUCCAUGUUAUGAUGAACACUUUGCAUUUCAGUACCAACCACUUUGUUUUUUAAUAUUGUUCACGAUUGUUUAACUAUUACUGAUGCUGAGAGUAGAAUUUUAUGACAUCAUUUGUGUAAAUUUAAAUUUUUUUAACAGUAAUUUAAUAAUUAUUUGUGCUUACCUCCUUUACCUAUAUUACUUUCGAUUAGAAAGUGGUUGUUCACACUUUCCUAAUAAAUGUCUGUUUUUAUAUUUAUUCUUAUUUAUAAAUGAUUAAUCUUGUCAAGUGCCUUCUUUUUCUAAAGCAACACUUUUCUCUUAUUUGUUCCUGAAUGGGCGACUAAUUGUGAUUAUACAGUUGGUUUGUGGUUGUAUGUUCUAUAAUAUUAUUACUUCUAUUCUGCACAAUAAUUUUUUAUAACGAUUUCCAGUUAUUGGUUUGUUUGUUUACUACGAAAAAAAAAGUUUCUUGGCAGAUGCUGAUAUUUUGUCCAUGUUUCAGAAAUAAAUGAUCUGGGAUUAAAGUUUGUUAUCCAGAUUGAAUAAUUGUGUUUUUAUAUUGAUUGAUCAAUAUCCGUUCAAUUACUCGAAUUAACAGUCAACUAAAAAUACUUUUUAUUUCAAAAAUUGAAAUUCACAUUUUUGAAAUGAUAUCUGAUACUUAACCAUGCAACCAUUUAGAUAUAGAAUAUGUGUAUCUGGUUACACUUGCAUUGAAUAAUCUGCCAGUCCACUGGUAGCCUACUUGUAUUGAAAUUAUCACUAAAACUUUUUCAUGGAAUAAAUAAUUUAACCACAUUUCUAAAUAAACCUAGAUUUGAUUUGAUCAUUUUGUUGCUAAGUUAUAAUAUUUUCUUAUUAUAAGUAGAUAUAAUGCUAUGCAAAGUGAGAAUAGGGGGAAUAUUUUCCAGUCCGACAGAUAUAUAAGCGGUCAGUAAAAUAUAGCAAUCUUUAUAUGAAUUUGUACUGAUGCGGGGUUGUAUACUGUAUAUCUUAAGGACAUAUUCAUUUUGGUCAUAUUGAUAUUAGAUCGACAAUUCCAGCUGCGAAUGUAUUAUUGAUACAUACAUUAUUGAUACAAGUGUACUCAAUAAUGUGGCAAAGUGAUCAAAAACUUUAUUCCAGUACUGACUGAAUAAAUCAAAAAAUGGAAAAGUUCGCAGUAUCAGUUUUUAUUUAUGUAUUAUAAAUAACGAAAUAAUCCAUGUUUUGUAUCAAACAAAAGAAAUUCGAAUUUGUGUUGACAAGAACAUAAUAUCGGUACAUCUUUAACAUUAUAUAUAUCGUCCAGUGGCUCAUGGUGCUUUUGUGAAUGCUUCCUUGAAUCUGUUGUAUUUCAUAUUUGGCAUGAGGGACUGGAGAUGAUGCUACGUGAUUUGAAACAGCGUUUUACUCCGUGAUUCAUGCUUCUCUUGCUAUGUUUUUUUCAGAAAAAUGAGUGUGGAUUUUUUUUUCUUUUGAAUAUUUCUCAUUUAGCUAUAUUUUUUAUUCCUACCUUUUUCAACUGUCAUUUGUGCCGUUUUUUUUUUCUUGGAUAACCUUCAACUAUUAUCAAUUUCAUCCAAUAUAGAUGUCUCUAUCUCAUCAGGUGCAGGUUUGUCAAUUAAUCUGAUCAUUCUUACUUUUUCUUCAUCUUACUUUUGCUCAAAGAUCGAUGAUCCGAUGUUAAAUUUUGUUAAGAUGAGGAUGAUUUACAUAAUAAAAUGUUUUCUACUUUAAA